AUGACAUCGCAGAACAAGCCCUCAGCUCGCGAAGCUGCUCAAAGGUUCAUUUCAAACCUCGCUUCUCGCCAAUUCGCAGCGCUGGGAGACCUUUUUGCGGCCGACGGCACCUACUGGGUGUCCGGCGAGCAACCCAAGGUACCGUGGGCGGGAUCCAUGCCUGCUUCGGAAAGACUUCCUCAGCUCCCAGAUAUGCAUGGAAACUUCACAAGCUUCAGCAUCAACCAAAAAGCUUUUGUCGCUGAAGACCGAAGGGCUGUGAUAGAGUUCAGUGUUCAUGGGAUAGAUUCAGCCGGGGGCCGAUACGACAACGAUGUCGUCAUGAUUUUCGAGGUCAAUGAAGACGGCAAGAUUGUGGCAUUGAGGGAGUAUCUCGACAACAUGCAACCGCUUGCUUAUUUUGCAUCGAAAAGUUCAUCGGGAGAUGGUGUAUUGGGCUUGGAUAGCAAGGCAUCUUGA